CGGGCUGAGGAGGGGAGGGUGUCCGUGGCCCGUGGGGGACAAUGGCGGCCGCCUCGCUGUGGAAGGGGCUGGUGGGGAUCGGACUCUUCGCCUUGGCCCACGCGGCCUUCUCCGCUGCGCAGCAUCGUUCCUAUAUGAGAUUAACAGAAAAGGAAGAUGAAACAUUACCGAUAGAUAUAGUUCUUCAGACACUGUUGGCCUUUGCAGUUACGUGUUAUGGAAUAGUACAUAUUGCAGGAGAAUUUAAAGACAUGGAUGCCACUUCAGAACUAAAAAAUAAGACAUUUGACACAUUAAGGAACCAUCCAUCUUUUUACGUAUUUAAUCAUCGUGGUAGAGUAUUGUUCCAGUCUCCAGAUAUAGUGAAUUCUUCUUCAAACCAAGAUGCUUUGUCAUCCAGCGCAUCACUGAAGUUACGAAAACUUGAACCUCUGCGCCGUUAAGAUUUUUACAGAUUAUAAUAGAACAGGACACUGAGAUGUAAUAUUGGAGUUGGAGGUGUAAACACUUUUUUUAAUUUCUGGAGCAGUAUUUAUAUUGAUCUUCCAGACUUUAUAAAAUAUAUAUAUAACUAAGGACCUUCUUUGUACACUGUUAAUGAAAAUGACUGAAUUGACUUGGCAAUGGAGUGUAAAUUAUUGCUACAAUUAUGCUGUGAAACAUCUUUGAACUUUCAUAUAUUAAACAAUGUUGCGGUUGAUUUUUUCA